ACAUCCGCCGUGACGUUACGCUCGCGCUGUCUGAAGGCUUUCAGUCUGUGCGCGUGUUGUUGACGGUCAGACAGAGAGAGACAGCGGACCAGGAGCGAUCGUCCUGAGGAAGCUCAUCAGAUCAUUAAUUCUGUCACCAUCAUGCAUGAAGCUGGACGUAAAAGGAUUUGCAACCUUUAACACGGUGAGGAAAGAAAGGCCAACUCAGAAGUGUCCUGUUUGAAGAACAGCUAAAUAUUUUCCACCCAAGAAAGACCAAUCAUCUGUGUACAGACAUGGCCAGCCCUCAGACGAGUCUGAAAACCGCUUUCAAAGACCUGACGUCAUUCAAAGGCAACAUGAAGCGGCUGUACAGGGAGCGACUGGAGGAUGCACCAAUCAAAAAGCGGGUAAUGGCGGAGAUGCACCUGAAACGACACAGUCUGGAGAGCGUCCCCAAGCCCCCGAAGGUCAAGAAGGAGCGCGAGGAACACGGCAGCUCAGAAAUGGACAUUGAGGAAAGAGAAUUUCACAUUGUGGGGGCUUCCAAGGCUUUAGAUCUCAGCGCGGGCCUAAAGCACACUCUAGCACAGUUCACGCUGAGCAGCCAGAGCUCACUGGGAGGUCCUGCUGCCUUCUCAGCAAAAUCUGCGCAGGACUGCGCCUCUCCUGCUGGCAUGGCUCCCCUACCGUCUCCCCCAGUCCUUGGAGGCGGCCCGCUCUUGGUUCCCUGCGACAGCUCCACAGAGCUCACCCAUUCUCUGCUUGAAGGAGAGUCCAUCUCCUGCUUUGUUGUAGGUGGCGAGAAGCGUCUUUGUCUGCCACAGGUACUCAAUUCAGUGCUGCGAGAUUUCUCUCUGCAGCAAAUCAAUGCUGUCUGUGACGAACUUUAUGUUUACUGUUCCCGAUGCGAUGCCGAGCAGCUGCACAUCCUCAAGGUGCUGGGCAUCCUGCCUUUCAACGCACCUUCCUGUGGCCUGAUCACCCUAACUGAUGCCCAACGCCUCUGCAAUGCCCUGCUCCGCCCGGGCGCCAUCCUCUCGGCCGACCCCAACAGCAAACUGGCUGGCCAAGGCCUGCUGAAGGAGAGCGAAGCCAGUUUCCAGGUCGAACACCAAUGUCUGGGCAAGUGCCAAGGCCUGUUUGUGCCCCAAUUCUACAUCCAGCCGGACGUCCCUUGUAUUCAGUGCAUGGAAUGCCGGCUGCUGUUUUCCCCACAGAACUUUGUAAUGCACUCACACAAGUCCCCUGACAAGAGGACCUGCCACUGGGGUUUCGAUUCAGCCAAGUGGCCCUGCUACUUACAGCUAGGCCGCAAGCAUGAAGGCACGCCGGAGGAGCCACAACUCAAACAGCUGCUGGACGAGAUGAAGGAGAAGUUUCACUACCAGCUUAAGAGGCCUCUGGACAAAAAGGUGGUGGAUGAUGACAGUCGCGGGAGGAAGUCCAGUCCUGCACCCUGCCCAUCUAACAGCAAGCUGUCUGAUAGCGUCCUGGAGAAAAAGUCCCCUUCUAAGGGCAACUUGCAGUCUUCGCUGGUGUUCAGUCGACUGUUUCCUGACAUCAAAGAGGAACCAGGACAUGGGCCCAUCAUCCACCCAAGUUACUACAUGUACACGUACGAUAAGAUGGUGGCUCCUAACGUGUCUCUGCGGAAGGAGGGGGAGGUGAGCCAUGAGGUUCUGGGUGCCCUGCUCAAGCAACACUACAGCAGGAGAACACUGACCCACGACAGCCAGCCCACCACAGAUCUUCCCACAUCUCCUUCCUCCAUUGCAGAGGAGGCCAAAACCCACCACGCGGACGAAGCAAACGAGUGCCGCCAUCCUCCUCCGUCAGUCGCCAUGGAGACCAGCCCUCGCAGCAAGCAGCACGCCCCCGUUCCCACGGAGGGCAAGGACAGCGGAACGGAGGACGACAAGGACAGGAUCAUGCUGGAGAUCGUCCAGAUGUACCGGCGGCAGCAAGAAAAGCUGAAUUCCACCCUUCAGAAACAGCUGCAGCUGAAGAUGGAGCUGGAGUCAGUGCGCGGGGGCGAGGCAGCCAGGCUGAGGGAGUUGUCUGUGGAGCAGCUGGAGCUGCAGAACGAGCUGGAGGCGGUGCACACUGAGCAUGCUCAGAGACUGGGGGAGGUGCGGCAGGAGCAGAGACAGCUGGAACACCGACUGGAGCAGCUCAGACAGCAGAGCUGCGCCUGCCAACCCAAAGAGCAGGAGGCGCAGUACAACGCACAGCUGUGCGAGCUUCGCUGCCGUCUGGAGCGUGCCGAGGCGGAGCGGCAGGAACUGCAAGAGGAGCUCUGCAGAGAGCGGGAGGCCCGAGAGAAGCUGGAGCUCAUGAUCUCGCAGCUUCGGCAGCAGAUGGUCCAGUCUGGCACCAAAGGGAGCCGCAGCACUAGCCCUGCCCAGCCCCCGACCCCUUCCGCAAGCCCCCAAUCCCAGCAUUCCCUCUCUUCACCGGCCCCUGAGGUAACCUCCAGAUAAACUCGCCCCCCUCUCUCGCACACUUCCACGCCUGUAGCCCAGGAUCCCGCUCGCCCACUCCCUGCAGAGUAACUGACAAACACAAGACAAACUCUGCAGAAAAGAGCAGCUCUCCCAUAACUGCUUCCGUUUGUGUUGCACCACCACAAAAAAAGACUUGAUGUUUGUGUUUAAUUUAAAAAAACGUUGUGUCACCCUGCCCUCAACCAGUCAUUAAGCAUUUUUUGGAUGUACAAGCCUGUUUAAUUUAUAGUCGUGCUGAGAGGCUGAUGGGACAGUGGAGGUAUUUCUUUGUUGGACUUCUUGCUUCCUGUGACGUUGGGAAAGCGCUCGAGUGACACUCAGUAAAAUACUACCUGUGACCCGAAGCCCAAGGAUGCCAAACGGCAAGACGCCAAUGCCCUGCAGCAGCAACAAGAAACCACGCGGAUGUUUACUUUUCAUUUGAAUUUUGUGUAUCAUUGUUCUCUACAGAGAAAAUGGGAGAAGGUUUUUGUUAACGUCACAAAAAAAUAUCAGUAAAAUAUUAAUCCAUAGCAUAUUUAAGUCAUUAUACUUAAUAAAAGCGAUUCGGAAACAUAGAGGGGGUCCCUAACUGAGGCCCCCCGGUUUAAGAUCGUAAUCCUUCCCCUCUUCCUCUCCAUCUCCCCUCCAUUUUCUUUCCCUGCCUGCCGUUUGUCUUUUGAGUCUGGUGUUGAUUAUAUGUUUCCUGUCUGCACUGCUGACCCUUUGCAGGCUGGUAUAUGACAAACAGCUCAGUUCAUUCCUGCUGCAUGAUGCAGUAAGCAAAGACUCACAUUCGCCCCCUGCUGGAGAACACUAUGAAACUCAGCCCCAUUUAACUACAGGCAGUUAUGCAAAAAAAAAAAAAGCUUCAGGAUAGUGCAGUCCACCUCAGUCUGAAGUUUAUGUUCAAAGCAUAAAAGGAUUCCUGUAGCUUCGAUAAGAACAUACUGGUUGUGGUUGCUCAGAAAUUUAAACAAAGCACACAGUAGACCUUAUAUUUGUCCUUUUCUUAGCAAAGGAUUCAUUGGCAGUGCAGUUGAUAAUGUAAAGAGCUGAAGUACAUCACAAUCUCCCAAAAACCUAAAGCUGAUUUCUUUAUUCAUCUGAGAACUGCUAAUAAAGCACCUAGUUAUUGAAUGCUGGAUUCCAGGUUAAAUGAUUUGGCUGUCAUGUAUUGGGUGUUUAGCCUGAUUUUUAUUUUUUAUAUACCCCUCUUAUUUAUUCCCCUGUGUCAUUAUUCUGGAUGAAUGAACAAACAGGUCUGAGAGGGAGAAGAAAAACAGACAGGGGGCCAAGGGAGGAAUGUAAAGGAAUGAAUGCUGUCACGUUAGCUCCCAGUCACUGAGAGUUGAAGAGGCACGCUUUGUCUCCGCAGAAUGAGGCAGCUGCCGCUGAUGUCCACUCACACAUCAGUUAGAUGGAUAAAGAAAGAUGGACACAGGAAGUGAAGCGAUUUUACCACUAAAGCAGUUUGUUCUUUCUUUCUUUUUUCUUUCUUCUGUUCAGAUUGGUUGUGUAAAACAAUAUUGGAUGUAAAUCUAGGCUUCUUUCGUGAUGUACAUAUCUCACAUAGAACAUUCCACUGUGCAUAACUCAUCGGAUUUACAGUCAGCCAAGCCGCAGCAGUUUUCUAAACCCGAUGAUGUGUAUAGUGCAAAACCUCUUAGAAAACGUAAGGAAACACCCUGACUUAUGUGAAUACAUCCAGCUAUGAAGAAUCAAAAAAAAAAAACUAUAUUGUAAAUGAGUGCUUUGACAUUUUUGAACUUUUUUUUUCUUGAGAUAUUCAGAAAUUAUUUAAUGUAUUAACUAAUAAAGAUUUAUAUACACUUUGUA